AAUUUGGAAUGAGUAACAUCGAAGAAGAAGAAAAUACAAAUAGAAUACAAAUUGAAGUACAAUCGAUGGAAUAUGAUUAUCAAACUGGCCAAUUGGUAAAAGAUAGUGAAAAAUGGGAUCGUCCGAAUAGUGAACAUCCUAUAUUUCUUGAAACUGGAACAAAAGUUUCAACAACGACAAAUGAGAAAACAAUUGUUGAUUCAAAUACUAAUCAAUGGGGUCAUUUAAAAGUGAGUUAUGAUAGAUCUGAUGCAGGACAAACAACUGUACCAUUGUUUGAUGCUCAAACAAUUGAAUCAAUUGAUAAAUCUCCAUCUGGUGGUAUAGGAUUUCAUCAUCGAUCAUCGAAUGAUGAAUAUUCUGGCUUUUUUGCUCUUACUGGUUAUUCCAUUGAUUAUUAUCAAUUUUUAAAAGAAACAAAUAAUAAUUUAAAUUAAGAAAAUAUAUUUAGUCAUAACAACGUGUAAUAUAUCAUUUAAAAUAUUGAACUUA